AUGGAAAAAAGGGAAGGACCGCGUGGCAAGAUAUCAAAUAGUGGCAGAGUAUUGGAUACUCCUUCGAAGAAGCCAAAGCACUCUAAGAUCGAGAUAGUCGAUAUAACUGUAUUUAAUGAAGAGGACAUCGAUGAGGUGGAUAUCGGGUCCAGGAAUAAAGACAACUCAACAAACUAUCAGCAACAAGAGCAAGAUUCAGGCAUAGAGGUAAAGGAUGUUGUUGAAGCCAUCACCAGACAACCUGAUAGCAGUGAGCCACACAAGAGUGGAUGUGGCUGGUCAAAAAAAAAAAACGCUGUUGAAUACCCGUCACCGUCGACUUUCAAUCCUUCCAAGUCAAACCCCUUCUAUAGAAGACUGCAGAGUCGACGAAAAGAAAAAGGUAUUAUCAAAUACCUCGUCAGAUGGAAUGGUUACGGCCCAGAAUAUGAAUACGACUACUGGUACCGCCGUGACGACCUCGACAACGCUCAAGAUAUCCCCGAAGCGAGGCGCAAUGGACCUCGGGAUUUUAUCAUGAGCAUGGUCAACGCCGUCAACCCGGAUGGUUCUCGCAAGUACCACCUGGACAUCCAGCUCCCUGGUCCACAAUUACGAUUCACUGCACCCGCUGGAGGGCAGUUCUGGGUGGGGCCGAUAUGGGAUGAUGGAUGUCGCGGUACGAUUGCGUACCUUGACGGAUCCCGAGUAAGGACCGUCCAUAUGUUACAUGGGUCCUCCAUCUCCAUGUAUCACGUGUGGACGGACCAUAUCCGUAUCGUAGUCGGAGGAUCCAUCAUGGUUCUUCCACCAAGCUUAGCACCGAAUCCAAUGGUUAUACCAUUAAGCUGCUACAAUGGAGAUCUUGGGGCCUUUUUUUUUGUUUUCCGUACCUGA